AUGACAAAAAAUAAAUAAGAUAUCAUAAAAUUAGAUUUCUUAAUUUAUUUAUUAAUCUUAAGAUAUAAAUCUAAAUAAAAAUUUAUUUUAAAAAAAAUAAAAGCUAUAAAGAAAAUAAUAUAAAAAUAAACAAGGUAAAAAUAAAAAUUAGCUGAGACCAAAUUAUGGGUCAACAUCUAAGUUAAUCCUAAUAAAUUGAAGAUUUUUUAAAGCAAAACAAAUUUAAGUUUGAAAGAUACUUGGAUAAAUAAUAAAAAAUAUAAGCAUAUUCUGUAAAGCAUCAGAGAUAUGUUCAGAUAUAAAUUUAUAAUUAGCGUGAAGAAAAAAAUUUAUAAGGAUUUUAAAAAAUUAUCUAGACAUUAAAAAAAAUAGAAAAUGAAAGAUUUAUCUAAAAAGUAAUUGAAAUUAUUUAGAGUUAAAGCUAUGGAAUUUAUGCUAUUGUUACCGAAUGCAGUGAUGGUGAUCUAGAAACGAUGUCUUAAACUUUUAAAUUCAGUUAUCAGUAAGUUUUGA